AUGGCUACUAAGUAUGACUGGAUUGUUCUCAUACCAGACCAUAAAGGAGCUUUGGCGAAACGCAUAGCUGCUCGCCCGGACCAUCUCAAGUGUGUCGCCUCACGAAUUGAGUCAGGUGCCUGGAUCAUGGGCGGUCCAACUCUUGAUUAUCCGCCUAUUGAUGGACAAGAAAAAGCAAUCAAUGGCAGCUGCAUUGUUGUGAAUGCCCCAAGUAGGGAGGAAGUGAUGGAAGAAAUCAGAAAGGACAUCUACGCGACCUCCGGGGUCUGGAACCUUGAAAAGAUCACAAUCCUUCCACUCAUGACUGCGUUUCGAAAGGGACUUCCAGGUUCUACUUAUUAA